GCGCAGAGCGGCGGCGGCGCGGGCGGAAGCGGCGGCGGGGCAGGCCCGUGGCGGUCGCUGCCGCGUCCCGUCCGACCCCGCGACCCUCGGCGCGGCCAUGGCGGAGCCCCCGCGGCCGCAGCGGAAGCUGUCCCGGGUCGGGGAGAGCCUGUACCGCGUGCUGGGGCUGCAGAAGGGCAGCUCCCCCGAGGAGAUCAAGAAGGCCUAUCGGAAGCUGGCUCUCAAGUACCACCCAGACAAGAACCCCGAUGACCCAGCGGCAGCCGAGCGCUUCAAGGAGAUCAACAGCGCCCACGCCACGCUCAGCGACGCGGACAAGCGCCGCCUGUACGACCAGUACGGCUCCCUUGGCCUCUACGUGGCCGAGCAGUUCGGCGACGAUGCUGUGCGGCACUACUUCCUCAUGUCCAAGUGGUGGUUCCAGGCACUGCUGCUGUGCUGCGGAGCCCUCACCUGCUGCUGCUGCUGCUGCUGCUGUUUCUUCUGCUGCGGGACGUGCUGCCAACCCAAGGAGGAUGAGUCCUACAAGUACGUGGACCCCAAGGACCUGGAGGCACAGAUGCGUGCAGAGGACAGCGAUCCUCAGGGCCCCGUUGUAGCGCAGCCGCCGCCGGCCAGCGCGGAGCCGCUGCCAGCCAGCACCAGGAGCGAUGCCUGAGGCCGGCCCCGUCCCCCGGCUCCCCCAUGGCUGGGGCAGGGAUCCUCCUUUGGGACUGUCACUUUCUGGGACCACGGUCCCGCCCCUCGGGCUGGCUCAUCAGCCUCGCGAGGGAUAGAAUCUCAGGUUAAUUUGGCCAGCAUCAAUGCACAGGCUCCUGGGCCCCUGCUCGAGCUCCAGGGCAAUGCCCCAGUGUCCCAGCACUGGUGGUGGCAGUGGCCUGGAGCCCGUGCUGCCGUGGCCCCCUUGAGUGCCUUGCCCGUGCCCGGUGGGGCACUGAGCAGCAGGCACGAGCAGAGAUGCUCCGGGCGAGCUCUGUAGCUCUCAGUCCGAGACCAUUAGCACUGUAACCUCGGGGCUGGGCUGAGCCCGCCCCUCCUCAGCCCUCCCUGUGCGUGCUGGGUGCCAAACGCUGCUGUGGGGCUGGGGUGCUCCUGUGCGUGCCCCUUCCCUCUGCCCUCUGGGUUUGUCUGGGUUUUUGUGGGCACCAUUAAAGGCCGACGGGAGGGGA